GUAUAUUCAUUAUGGUGGCUCUGAAAAGAUCAAGCGAGACACAGGUCAAUGGAACCAAACGUAGUUCGUCAGAGGGCCCAAUUGACGCCAAGAGGGCAAAAACGUCGCACUCUUUCCAAGCCUUGAGAGCCUCGAGAUUGAAGACAAUCAACACGAUUCCUGUCCCUAAAACUGAUUUGCUCGAUGUCUUUGUGUGGGGUUCGGGAUCUAUGUGCGAGCUAGGUCUUGGACCAGCUGCCAGCACAAAAGAGGUCAAGAGGCCGAGGCUGAACCCUUUCUUGAAGAAAGAAGAGGUCGGAAUUGUCGAUCUUGCUGUGGGGGGAAUGCACACUCUAGCCCUAGAUCACCGGAAUCAAGUCUGGUCGUGGGGAGGAAAUGACUCCGGGGUUCUAGGAAGAGACACUGCUAAAUCUGACGAAGACGGUGAAUUGAAUCCUUUGGAAUCGACACCUGCUGUCGUGGAAGGUUUGCCAAAGGACAAAAAAAUUGUGCAGCUAGCCGCCACCGACAACUUGUCCGCUGCCUUGUACGAGACGGGUGAAGUUUACGCCUGGGGAACAUUCAGAUGCAACGAGGGAAUUUUGGGAUUCAACAAAUCUGUCAAGAUCCAACGAACCCCCGUGAAGAUUCCCGAUUUCGAGAACAUUGUCCAAUUGGCUGCCGGAAAAGACCAUUUGCUAGGUCUGGACACCAAGGGAGUUGUGUAUGCAUGGGGUAACGGACAGCAGUACCAGCUGGGAAGAAAGAUCUUGGAGAGAACCAGAAUGACGUCUCUGGAGCCACGCUCCUUUGGACUGAAAAAUGUCAAAGCUAUUGGCUCAGGAGAAUUUCACUCGUUUGCCAUAACCACUGAUGGUAGGGUUCUGAGCUGGGGACUGAACCAAUACGGUCAGUGUGGAAUCCACGUUAACAUUGAGGAUGGGGCUGUCGUUUCAAAACCGACCGAAAUUGAGGAGCUGACGGGUAAGGACAUUGUUUAUGUGACAGGUGGAGAACACCACUCGUUGGCUCUAUCGUCUUCUGGUGAAGUUUACACUUUUGGCCGAUUUGACAUGAAAGAGAUCGGCAUCAAGAAGGAGAAGCUCCCAAAAGACGGUGUGAUCACCGACGAACAUGGCAAUGUCAGAUCUCUUCCUGUUGCCACAAAACUGACCACUCUUCCUAAAUGUAAGGCUGUUGCUGCUGGCUCUCACCAUUCGAUUGCUGUCACUGAGGACGGUAUUGCUUUUUCGUGGGGAUUUGCAGACACCUAUGCGCUUGGACUUGGAAACUUGGAUGAGGACGUUGCUACGCCUACCAGAAUCAACAACACCGCCACCAGAGACCACAAUAUUGUGAUAGUGGGCUGUGGCGGACAGUUCAGUGUC